AUGGCCAGAACGACACUAACUCACAUUCCCCUCGCGUACCGCAUCCUCUUCCUCUGGUUCGAACCAUUUGCCGCAUUGGCAGGCUCCUUCAUCAUCUGGUUCACCCCGGAAAUGUUCCUCAACACAAUGACCCCGACCGGCAAAUUUGCGCCCGACAAUCGCGUUAUUUACAACCAAGUCGCGGCGACAUACACACUCUUUGCCUACAACGAAGCGAUUCUUCUACGCGCUACCAACGACUUACGUGUUUGGAGAACUGUCUUGUUUGGGAUAUUGAUCUGUGAUGCGCUGCAUCUGUAUGCAAGCUGGCUUGCGAUUCCUGACAUGUUUUGGAAUCCUGCGACGUGGAGAUGGGAGGACUGGGUCAAUUUUGGGAGUUUGUGGGGGCAGGGCGCUGUGAGGAUCGCGUUCUUGAUGGGAGUUGGUUUGAAGGGGAAUACUCGUGUCAAGGCGGAUUAA